CUGACUUGACUGAGCUUUGGUGGAGUGCAGAAAUUCAGUGCAGAAGCAACUAUUGACUAGCUUUGUCUCUGAUCUUUCCCUGCUCUAAAGCCAGCGUGCCUGUCACUGUACGUUGCAAAUCACGUCCUAUAGGCGAGGAAUCUGAGACACCACAAGGAGGAUGCAUCUAUUCAUGUGGUUGAUCAUCAGCCUCUGGGGUGCAGUAGCUCCUCAGUACCACCCUGUGGAAGAUAUCUGCACUGCAAAGCCAAGGGAUAUCCCAGUGAAUCCCAUGUGCAUUUACCGUAACCCUGAGAAGAAGGAGAGUGAGGGGCUAGGGUUGGAGCAAGUGAAGGAGAAGAUUCCAGAAUCUACUAAUCCCCGUGUCUGGGAGUUAUCAAAGGCCAACACUCGCUUCGCCACAGAAUUCUACAAAUACCUGGCAGACUCCAAAAAUGACAAUGAAAACAUCUUCAUGUCACCCCUCAGCAUUUCCACAGCCUUUGCGAUGACCAAACUCGGUGCUUGCGGUAACACCCUCCAGCAGCUCAUGGAGGUUUUCCGGUUUGACACCAUUUCAGAGAAGACAUCUGAUCAGAUCCACUUCUUCUUUGCCAAGCUGAAUUGCCGGCUUUAUAAGAAGGCCAACAAAUCCUCAGAGCUGGUGUCGGCCAAUCGUCUCUUUGGGGAGAAAUCUCUGACCUUCAACGAGACCUACCAGAACAUCAGUGAGGUGGUUUAUGGAGCCAAACUCUGGCCCUUGAACUUCAAAGAAAAGCCGGAGCAGUCCAGGACUCUAAUUAAUGAGUGGAUCGCUAAUAAAACUGAGAAGCGCAUUACUGACGUGAUCCCUGAGGGAGCCAUUGAUGACCUCACUGUCCUGGUGCUGGUCAACACCAUUUACUUUAAGGGGCACUGGAAAUCUAAGUUCCCUGCUCAGAACACAAAAAGGGAUAAGUUCUAUAGAAGCGACGGCCAGAUCUGUGCCACCCCCAUGAUGUACCAGGAGAACAAGUUCCGUCACGUCUCUGUCCCCAGCGACCACGUGCAGGUGGUGGAGCUACCGUACAAAGGGGAUGACAUCACCAUGGUUCUCAUCCUGCCAACCAUGGGCACAUCUCUUGGAGAAGUGGAGCGGGACCUGACACCAGAACGGCUGCAGGGCUGGCUGGGCUCUAUGGAGGAGAUCUUACUCUCUGUCUACCUCCCCCACUUCCGCAUCGAAGACAACUUCAGCUUGAAGGAGAAGCUGCAGCACAUGGGGCUGGUGGAUCUUUUCAGCCCUGAAAGUGCCAAGCUGCCAGGUAUAGUUGCAGAGGGCCGUACAGACCUGUAUGUGUCUGAUGCUUUCCACAAAGCCUUCCUUGAGGUGAAUGAGGAAGGCAGUGAGGCAGCAGCUUCUACCGUAGUCAUGAUCUCGGGGCGUUCGUUUCCCAUGAACAAAAUGAUCUUCAAUGCUAACAGGCCCUUCCUGCUACUCAUCCGGGAAGUUGCCAUCAACACCAUCAUCUUCAUGGGCCGAAUAUCCAAUCCCUGCCAUUAAGGAGCCGUGGCCAGGUCCCAGCUUCUCCAUCCACAUGGGUAUCCAGUCAAUAAAAUAUCAUCUCCCCAUGUCUGUCUCCUAUGCAGCAUUUUCUGCAGUAUUGUUGGUCAGCAGUUUUGAAGGCCUCCUGGGAAGGCCCAGCUUUCUCUCAGGGUGUCUGUCCUGUUAUUUGACACAACCCUUACUUAGGGACUGUAACCUACUAAACUGUUUACCCCCUUGCUGUCACAGUCAGGCGAGGGAGUGUGAUGCAUCUCAGGUGAUGUGCUUUCAUCACCAGAGGAAGUCCCAUCCUGCAUUCUCUCUAUUAAAAGGAUGCUGGAUUCUCCCAGUAUUUUGCACCAAGAUGUAUGUUGUGUAUUGUUGUCCUCAUUCAGGCCUCAACUGUAACUCUGAUCACAUCUUCCAUUAAAAAAAAAUAUCCAGCAAGCUAAAA